GUAGCGCGUGGCUAGGAACCGUUUUCGAAGCGAAAAUGCGUUGGUGCGUCCUGUUCGCCCUUUUGAUAGGAUCAGUUACUAGCGCAACGAUCGGUAAUCAACAGUACUACUAUUCCCGUCAACCGGCCCUGUUUCGGUUGCUGAUGAAAUAUCGUUUGUGGCCAGCGAAUCGAAGCAUCAGGUUUGAGAAACCGUUAGCCGAUGCGAACGCACCGGCACCGUUCAUUUUCGGAGGAGAAAGUGCCUCUAUCGAUGACUAUCCCUACCAACUUUCGUUGCGCCACGAAGGAACGCACGUGUGCGGAGCAUCGAUCAUAGCAGAAUUCUGGGCGCUCACCGCUGCACACUGUCUGGAUGCGGAACCAUUUACCAGUGGGAUCACGCUGCGUGGAGGAUCGCCGCACCGGUUAGCAGGAGGCUACGUGUUUGAAGUGGAACAAUACUUUCUGCACCCAAACUUUAAUAGAAAAGAAAUGGAUUAUGAUGCGGCUUUGAUACUCGUAAAGCAGAGCUUUUUUAUUGACCGUAUGCGACCUGUGUCCCUAGCGGACACCACUACAGUGUAUCCCAUUCCGUCAGCUGCAACCGUGAUCGGUUGGGGUACCGCGGAUGUUUAUGGGUACACACCGCUGAUACUACAAUCGUUGGUAGUGUACGUCCAAUCGCGUGAAGUGUGUGAUGCUUCCUGGAUAGACCAGCUAACGGACCGUAUGUUAUGCGCUGGUGGUGGUGAAGUUGGAAAGGAUGUUUGCAAUGGCGACAGCGGUGGCCCACUCAUACUCAAUGGAUAUCAAAUCGGAAUCGUGUCUUGGGGCAACGAUACCUGUGCCAUCAAUCUCCCAGGAGUCUAUACUUCCCUGGCCAACGAUGAAGUGAGAGCAUUUAUUAAGCUGUAUGCGGGAAUGAAGCUACGGAUGGCAGCGUUGCCAACGUUGGCGUACACUCCCGGCAGGGCACCGCCGCACUGUACAGCGCCCCACGAGACAACACCGAACUGCUGUCCACCGGUGACGAGCGGGCCACCACUGUCACCGUUGCAGGAGUCGCGACCAGGGGCACCAGCGCAGAUCAUACUCAGUGAUACGUCCAGCUCCCCACUGGCUGCUGCAGGUAGCCUGGGCAACAACUGGGAUGUUGACGGCCAACAGGUUGGCAGCCAGCGAGCCUCCGGCGGAGGUCAGACCCCAUCCCGAGACGACGCUGUUGGUACCGGCACCAAUGUUCACACCACUGCCGACCAGACGGAUCGGGGCAAUGUUGGUUCCAACGAACGACGUGGUGAUACGGAUGACGCACACAUCGUUGUUCAGGUUGGCGCUGUUGUAGUUCGGGUGGUUGAUGAUCUGUGCGGCCUGGAAGAUGACUCCACCGGUAGUGCGGCUAGCGCUACCACCACGGAAGCUGAUCUGGACGUGAAAAAAGCGAACAGAAUUGUUGGUGGUACCACUACAACGAUUGCCAGGUACCCGUAUGUGAUGUCACUGAGACGCAACUCGAACCACAUUUGCGCUGGAUCGGUAAUAUCGGCGUUACACGUCGUUACCUGUGCCCACUGCACGGCUUCGAUGACCAACGUUGAUGGGGUGACCUUAUAUGGAGGUUCCACCAGCAGGACGACGGGUGGUAGGGUGUUCCAAGUAGUAAACAUUACCAUCCACCCGGAAUAUAAUCCGGACACAUUCGACUGUGACGUGUCCGUCCUGCGUGUAUCGUCCUCCUUGAUAACGUUUCCCGGAAUUGCCGCCGUAGGAUUAGCACCGUUGGAGAUGGAUUUUCCUGUUGGUACAUGGUGCUCAUUACCUGGUUGGGGUCGAACGACGGAUACUGGCACUCUCUCGGCCACACUGCGUGCCGUCAUUAUUCCGGUAAUCGCUCAAACAACCUGUGCAACAAUGUGGUCGAAUGUCCCAGUAACAGAUACCAUGAUUUGCGCGGGAGCGAAAGGUCGUGAUGCUUGCAUAGGAGACAGUGGUGGACCAUUGGUAACGACCACUUCCGGUGGAACCACCCUUCUCAUUGGCAUGGUUUCAUGGGGAUCGGUGAUUUGUGGGAGCGAGUAUCCCGGUGUUCACACUCGCAUAGCAGCAGCGAAAGAUUAUGAGCAAAACGAGAGCCUACUUAGCGAGAAACGCGUUGAAACUAUACCACACGCAGCAAACACGCAGCGGCAACCUGGUAAGAUGAAACUGCUCGUAGUGUUGGCAUUGUGUGUGGCUGGGGCCUUGGCCGGUCCGGAGGAGGACCUUUGGAUGCAGUUCAACCGCCGCAUGCCGGCGGCGUAUUACACCAAAGGAAUUCCGGACCAUCCGCCAUUCCAGGGACGUAUUGUUGGUGGCGUUGAUGCUGACAUUGCGAACUAUCCGUACCAGCUUUCGCUGCGCCGUGCAUCGCACAGCUGCGGUGCAUCUGUGAUCGCUCUGCGCUGGGCUCUGUCGGCUGCCCAUUGUACCUUCCCGGUUCCAGCCGUUACGGCCGUCUCUCUGCUGGGAGGCAGCUCGGACCGUGAAUUGGGUGGCAUUGUUUUCGCCAUUGAAGAAAUCCGCAAUCACCCGAAUUAUAAUGACUUCACCCUGGUGAAUGACGUGUGCGUGCUCCGUACUACCACUGAUCUGGUGGGACCCAACAUUGCCCCGAUCCCGUUGGACCCGUCCGGUGCAACUCACGCCCCCGGUAGCCGCGCUGUUCUGAGUGGAUGGGGAUCAACCGGAUCUGGCCCUCUCCCAAGAAUCCUGCAACGCAUUGACAUCCCAGUAGUGAGCCAGGAGGCGUGCAGCUCUGGUUGGGGUGCUGGUAUGGUUACCCCAGACAUGAUCUGCGCCAGCGAGCCUGGACGUGAUGCCUGCGGUGGUGACAGUGGCGGCCCAUUGGUUGUUGCUGGACAGCAGAUCGGUAUCGUGUCGUGGGGUGCUGUCGCAUGCCAAGGAGUUCCCCCAGGAGUGUUUGCCCGUGUUGCCUUCCCGGCUAUCCGCAGCUUCAUCCAGACGGAAACCGGCGUGUAAGCAAUGAUGUUG